UUACAGCUGGCUGGAAUUACAGGUCUGGGUGGUUCAUUCUUUCUGCAUAAAUACAGAGUUUACGGUGUGUUUUUUAGCAGCCUUUAUAUAAUUCUCCCUGCAAAGCUGGGUGUUGCUGGAGGAGUCAUUCUCUUAAUCAGUGGAUGCACUGGCUGUUCAGUGUCUAACAAAAAACCUUCAUGUGGACACGGAUUAUUUGUGUAUUUUCUCAUUAUUGUGUGGUGCAUUGUGGGUACUACUGCUGUAUUGGCAUAUACUCAUAAAGGGAAGCUUGAUGCAGACUUGGCUCCCCUUAAAGAUGUGUUUCAGAACUACAGUGGUAACAGCCAAGAUCCUGAUUCCAAAGCAGUAGAUUCCCUUCAGCGUGAGUUGCGGUGUUGUGGUGUUAAGAACUACACAGACUGGUUGGAAACACCCUGG